AUGAAUAAGACUCUUCGAGUCAUUCAACUGAACGUGAGAAAACAGGGUGCAGUGCACGAGAGCUUAAUGAAUGAUGAAGAGACUCAGAACACGGUGGCGUUAGCGAUCCAGGAACCCCAAGCGCGGAGGAUUCAAGGCCGGCUCUUGACCACCCCGAUGGGACACCAUAAAUGGACGAAGAUGGUCCCCUCUACCUGGAGGGAAGGCAGAUGGGCAGUACGAAGCAUGCUCUGGAUUAACAAAGAAGUCGAGGCGGAACAAGUACCGAUAGAGUCCCCGGACCUCACGGCAGCGGUUAUCAGGCUUCCCGAGCGACUGAUAUUCAUGGCAUCAGUUUACGUUGAAGGGGGCAAUGCCUCAGCUUUGGAUGACGCAUGUAACCAUCUACUCGACGCGAUCACGAAAGUUCGGCGGGAUACGGGUGUGGUGGUGGAGAUUUUGAUUAUGGGAGACUUCAACCGGCAUGACCAACUCUGGGGAGGAGACGACGUGUCUUUGGGAAGACAAGGUGAAGCGGAUCCAAUCAUCGACCUCAUGAAUGAAUGUGCUCUCAGCAGUCUCCUCAGACGAGGCACAAAGACAUGGCAUGGCGGAGGACACAGCGGGGACUGCGAGUCGACUAUCGAUCUGGUCCUGGCUUCGGAAAACCUGGCAGACUCCGUAAUUAAGUGUGCUAUAUUAGGGACGGAGCACGGCUCGGACCACUGUGCUAUUGAGACCGUAUUCGAUGCCCCCUGGUCGCUCCCAAAGCAUCAGGGACGACUUCUGCUGAAAAACGCUCCAUGGAAAGAGAUCAAUACCAGGAUAGCAAACACUCUUGCCGCCACUCCGUCGGAGGGUACGGUACAGCAGAAAACCGACCGACUCAUGUCGGCGGUCUCGGAAGCGGUGCAUGCGCUAACACCAAAGUCAAAACCAUCAUCACACGCGAAGCGGUGGUGGACUGCUGAUUUGACGCAGCUCCGUCAAAUACACACAUACUGGAGAAAUCACGCCCGGUCCGAGCGACGAGCGGGGCGAAAAGUACCCUACCUAGAAACAAUGGCCCAAGGCGCGGCGAAGCAAUACCACGAUGCCAUCCGGCAACAAAAGAAAAAGCACUGGAAUCAAUUUCUUGCCGACAAUGAUAACAUAUGGAAAGCCGAGAGAUACCUGAAGUCGGGAGAAGACGCAGCGUUCGGGAAGAUCCCGCAGCUCCUCAGAGCGGAUGGGACCACCACCACCGAUCACAAGGAGCAGGCAGAAGAAUUGCUGGCCAAAUUCUUCCCGCCUCUGCCGGACAACAUUGACGAUGAAGGGACUCGACCACAAAGAGCGCCAGUCGAGAUGCCUGCCAUUACGAUGGAGGAGAUCGAACGACAGCUGAUGGCGGCAAAGUCUUGGAAGGCACCGGGCGAAGACGGUAUGCCAGCAAUAGUCUGGAAGAUGACUUGGCCCACGGUCAAGUACAGAGUCCUGGAUCUCUUCCAGGCGUCGCUGGAAGGAGGCACGUUGCCAAGACAAUGGAGACAUGCGAAGAUCAUACCACUCAAAAAGCCGAACAAAGAGAACUACACCAUUGCCAAAUCAUGGAGACCGAUUUCGCUGCUCGCGACGCUGGGCAAGGUACUGGAAUCCGUGGUGGCGGAAAGGAUCUCACACGCGGUAGAGACUCACGGUUUGCUCCCGACCAGCCACUUCGGCGCCCGAAAGCAGCGGUCCGCGGAGCAAGCACUCGUACUCCUGCAGGAACAAAUCUACGCGGCGUGGCGCGGCCGACGGGUCUUGAGUUUGAUCAGCUUCGAUGUCAAGGGAGCCUACAACGGAGUGUGCAAAGAACGGUUGCUUCAAAGGAUGAAAGCGCGAGGCAUACCGGAGGAUCUGCUCCGGUGGGUGGAGGCGUUCUGCUCGGAACGAACGGCGACUAUCCAAAUCAAUGGGCAAUUGUCUGAGGUCCACAGCCUGCCACAGGCUGGACUGCCGCAGGGCUCGCCGCUAUCCCCAAUCCUGUUCCUCUUCUUCAACGCAGACCUCGUACAGCGACAAAUCGACAGCCAGGGAGGUGCGAUUGCUUUCGUGGAUGAUUUCACUGCAUGGGUGACGGGGCCAACUGCACAGAGCAACCGGGAAGGUAUUGAGGGAAUCAUUAAAGAAGCGCUCCACUGGGAAAGACGAAGUGGGGCAACUUUUGAAGCAGAGAAAACAGCCAUCAUACACUUCACCCCCAAGACUUCCAAAUUGGACCGAGAACCCUUCACCAUCAAGGGACAGGCUGUUGAACCCAAAGACCAUGUCAAGAUUCUGGGCGUCCUGAUGGACACAAGUCUCAAAUAUAAGGAACACAUCGCAAGGGCAGCGUCUAAGGGCCUUGAGGCAGUAAUGGAGCUUCGACGACUGAGAGGUCUCUCCCCAUCAACAGCGCGGCAGCUAUUCACAUCGACAGUGACCCCUGUAGUGGACUACGCCUCUAAUGUCUGGAUGCAUGCAUUCAAAAAUAAGGCCACGGGACCGAUCAACCGAGUCCAAAGGGUAGGAGCGCAAGCGAUUGUCGGAACGUUUCUCACCGUUGCAACUAGUGUAGCGGAGGCGGAGGCUCACAUUGCCACGGCGCAACACCGUUUUUGGAGACGGGCCGUGAAAAUGUGGACGGACCUCCACACGCUCCCAGAUACCAAUCCUCUCCGCAGAAACACAGCUAGGAUCAAGAAAUUCAGAAGAUUUCACCGCUCGCCGCUGUACCAAGUAGCGGACGCGCUGAAAAACAUCGAGAUGGAAACACUGGAGACUAUUAACCCGUUUACAUUAGCACCAUGGGAGGCACGUAUGCAGACCGAUGGCGAAGCCAUGCCGGACCCACAGGCUAUACCGGGUGGAUCAAUACAGAUCGCGAUCAGCAGCUCGGCACGAAACGGGUUUGUAGGAUUUGGGGUGGCGAUCGAGAAACAGCCACCUCAAUAUCGAAAAUUGAAACUGAAGACCUUCUCCGUAACAUUGGGCGCAAGAUCAGAGCAGAAUCCGUUCUCCGCAGAGCUAGCGGCUAUAGCACAUACGUUGAACAGGCUGGUGGGACUGAAAGGCUUCAGGUUCAGGUUGCUCACAAGCAACAAAGCGACGGCCCUCACGAUACAGAACCCUCGACAACAGUCAGGCCAGGAGUUCGUCUGCCAGAUGUACAAGCUCAUAAACAGACUGCGGAGAAAAGGAAACCAUAUCAAGAUUCUUUGGGUCCCUGCCAGCGAAGACAACAAACUGCUGGGCCUGGCUAAAGAGCAGGCCAGGGCCGCGACCCACGAGGACGCUAUCCCACAGGCACAGGUCUCCAGAAUGAAAUCAACAACGUUGAAUCUCGCACGAUCCCAAGCAGCCACUACGAAAGCCUUGCCAGAGGACGUAGGAAGACACAUCAAACGAGUAGAUGCGGCACUCCCAGGAAAACACACCCGACAGCUGUAUGAUGGGCUAUCCUGGAAAGAAGCGACCGUGCUGGCUCAACUCCGGACCGGCAUGGCAAGAUUAAAUGGGUAUCUCUACCGGAUCAAUGUCGCGCAGACAGACCAGUGUGCAUGCGGACAAGCAAGAGAAACCGUGGAGCAUUUCCUCUUCCGAUGUCGGAAGUGGACCACGCAACGGAUCGCACUGCUACAAUGUACUCGUACUCACCGGGGCAAUCUCUCCCUCUGCCUGGGCGGGAAAUCGCCUUCCAAUGAUCAGCAAUGGGUGCCAAAUUUGGAGGCAGUACGAGCCUCAAUACGAUUUGCCAUGACCACGGGCCGACUCGACGCCGUCUAA